AUGGAAGAUUGCAAUAAUGCUGAUGUGCCUGUGAACAAAGGGGACAAGUUCACUCCAGACCAAUGUCCAAAAAUUGAGUUGAAGAAGAGAAAGAUGAUCUUAAACCCAUAUGCUUCCUUGGUAGGCAGUUUAAUGUAUGCCAACAUAUGUACCAAGCCAGAUCUUGCCUUCAUUGUUGGUUUAUCAGGUGGAUUUCAAUCGAAUCUAAGUGAAUUGCAUUGGAUGGCUGCAAAGAAAGUGUUAAGAUAUUUGCAGAGAACCAAGGGUUUUAUGCUGGUAUAUGACUAUGAAGAUGAAUUAAAGGUGAUAGGUUUCACUAAUUCCGAUUUGGCUGGAGACUUGGAUGAAAGGAAAUCGAUUGGAGGAUAUGUGUUUAUGCUUAAUGGGGGUGUUAUUUCUUGGUAA